CCCCUCUCUAAAUUUUUCUAAGUCUAUGUUUUUUUUAAGGCUUUAAAAAAAAAGAAAAGGGGGCAAGUUUCCGUUUCCGGGUAUUUCUGGUGUGGGGGGUUCUGCUAUUUUCGGUGGUCAAGAUGAGCGGAGGAGGAAAAACCCGGGAGGGAGCCGCGGGAGCUGGUGAAGGUGCAGCUGCUAUCCUGUUGCGAUAUCUUCAGGAGCAAAACCGGCCUCACAGUGCACAGGAUGCCUUUGGCAACUUACAGCGAGAGCAUGGUCUGGGCAAGACGGCUGUAGUGAAAGCACUAGAACAGUUGGCUCAGCAAGGGAAGAUCAAAGAGAAGGUAUAUGGAAAGCAAAAAAUCUAUUUCCCAGAUCAGGAUCGCUUUGGUAAUGUGAGUGAUUCAGAACUCAAAGGCUUGGACAAUGAAAUUUCAGAACUGUCUUGCAAAGUGCAGACUCUCCAACAGAACUGUCGUCACAUGGAGUCAGAACUGAAAGAACUGAAGGGCUCUAUGACAACCCCAGAGAUGGUUAAAGAGAUUGAAGACUUAAAAAAAGAUUGUGCGAAUUACACAGAGAAACUGGAACGAAUUAAAUCGGCUGCAAAUCACGUGACCCCUGAAGAGAAAGAAAAGGUAUACAAUGAGAAGAAGCUGUAUUGCAAAGAAUGGCGUCGCCGGAAGAGAAUGGCAACAGAACUACUUGAUGCAAUCCUUGAAGGCUAUCCUAAAAGCAAGAAACAGUUCUUUGAGGAGGUUGGCAUUGAGACAGAUGAGGAUUUCAAUGUCACUUUACCUACUAUCUGAACCAGGAGCCCAGCUAUUUUAUGAUAUUGUCUACAUAGCACUCCAGUUUCAGUCCUCCGUAUUCUACAUUGCUGUAUAUUUUUGAAAGAAUAUUGCAUUCAGUGAAAAUCAGCAGAACCUGCCUACUGCACUAUUAUUUCUCUCUUCCAACAUCUCUCCUCAGGCCUGUCAGGCUGAUUACUGUUUUGUUUGGAAAGCUUUUAGCUUCAUUACACAGGGUUACCAAGAAGCGCUUGAGAAAAUUGUUCACAGGGGAAAAACAGAAAAUAAAUACUUGAAAUAA